UUAGACGCUCUCUGCUCGGGUCCUCUCUGGCCUCGCAGAAGGGAAGUGACGUCAGUCUCCUCCCGCAAGUCUACUGACAGAAACUGCAAAGACGGAUAACUAGGCGAUAUAACCUCGGCAAAAAUCCGUCUUCAUCCUUGGACAAUUAACGCGUAUCCGUGUUAAAAUCAGCGGGAGCAUAACGUAUAGAUUCAGACCUUUCGAACGAGCCCCAUAUUGACCCAAUGUGAGGUUAGCGUAUUUUUAAAACAAACGGGGAAAGAUUGUGAGAGCCUUCAUCCGGGAGACAACCUACAAGAAGACGACACCAUCGAUACCAAGAGGUUUUAAUGUGGUGUUUUCGUCUGUUCUACGGUUGAACAGGCUCGAGCUUUAACCUGAACAUUUUCGGUGGAUAUUUUGGAGCUAGCGAGGGCGCUUGCUAGCCGAACACAGAUUGCCAAUCAUGGAGUUAAGAGUGGGGAACCGAUAUAGACUGGGCAGAAAAAUUGGAAGUGGAUCAUUUGGGGACAUCUACCUGGGUACCGACAUCUCUGUUGGAGAGGAGGUGGCCAUCAAGCUGGAAUGCGUGAAGACCAAGCACCCACAGCUCCACAUAGAGAGCAAGAUCUACAAGAUGAUGCAGGGUGGAGUGGGCAUCCCGACAAUAAAGUGGUGCGGCGCCGAGGGCGACUACAACGUGAUGGUGAUGGAGCUGCUGGGGCCCAGCCUGGAGGAUCUUUUCAACUUCUGCUCUCGCAAGUUCAGCCUCAAGACGGUCCUGCUGCUGGCCGACCAGAUGAUCAGCCGCAUCGAGUACAUCCACUCAAAGAACUUCAUCCACCGGGACGUGAAGCCGGACAACUUCCUGAUGGGGCUUGGAAAGAAGGGCAACCUGGUCUACAUCAUCGACUUCGGCCUGGCCAAGAAGUACCGCGACGCGCGCACACACCAGCACAUCCCCUACCGCGAGAACAAGAACCUGACGGGCACGGCGCGCUACGCCUCCAUCAACACGCACUUGGGCAUCGAGCAGUCCAGACGGGACGACCUGGAGUCACUGGGCUACGUCCUCAUGUACUUCAACCUGGGCUCCCUGCCCUGGCAGGGCCUGAAGGCCGCCACCAAGAGGCAGAAGUACGAGCGCAUCAGCGAGAAGAAGAUGUCCACGCCCAUCGAGAUCCUCUGCAAAGGCUACCCAUCCGAGUUUGCCACCUACCUCAACUUUUGCCGCUCCCUGCGCUUUGACGACAAGCCUGACUACUCGUACCUCCGCCAGCUCUUCAGGAACCUCUUCCACCGACAGGGCUUCUCCUACGACUACGUCUUUGACUGGAACAUGCUCAAGUUUGGGGCAAACCGGGCCGUGGAGGACGCAGAGAGGGAGCGUCGAGAGCGUGAGGAUAGGCUGAGGCACAGCAGGACCCCUGCGGCCAGGGGCCUGCCCUCGGCCUCGGGAAGGGCCAGGGCCACUCAGGAAGUGGCGGCCCCCUCCCCACUCAACCCGGCCUCACACACAGGUUUGGAUAAGGAGCGGAAGGUGAGCAUGCGUCUUCAUCGCGGGGCGCCCGUCAACAUCUCCUCUUCGGAUCUCACGGGACGCCAGGACGCAUCACGCAUGUCCUCACAGGCCUUGUCCCGGGUCACGCCCAGCGGCCUCCAGUCUGCAGCGCCACGGUGAAACCCUCCCUAUCCACUUGUGCACCACGGAGGCCUCAACAUGCACCGCCUGCAACACACACACACACACACACACACACACACACACACACACACAGAACUCUUCAAUGACGCAGAGGACUACCAACCAAUGCACCCCAGUCUGGCUGCCCUCCUGAACACCUGACGGAGAACGAGGCACACAACCAGGGUUGUGUAUGUAUGGGUGUGUCUGUGUGUGUGACAAGGAUGGGUGGAGUACAGUUUGGUAGCAGCCGCGGCCUCCCUCCUCCUUACUGUUGAUGAAGCCAUGGACCCACUUUCCUCUGGCGUCUUUUUAACACUUUGGUUUUACCUCUUUUUCUUCUAUCGCAUUUAAAGCGUCUUUUACACACGAUCCAACUCCACGAGGUUUGGAAAGGACGAGUGCUUUAGCUGUUUGAAAUGUGGUGUGGGGGAAAUUUUGCAUCUAAAAGACAUUUGAUCCGGCAGCGUUAAAAAGAUGGAUCUCAGGCUCUGUUUUGAGACCUGAAGGCAUUUUUUUUUCUUUUACCCUUUUCUUUUGGUGUGUGAUGUUUAACUGUAAAGUAGGCUAACCUCCUUGUUUUUAAAAGGGGACAAAGUCUUUUAAUCUGCUUGUUUCCAAUGGUGGUCCCACACUGUUUGUUUGUUGUCCUCCUCCUCAGGACGUUGUAGUAAAUCAAACACGCGGCGCAUCUUUCCCUCCGACUUCAGGUCCUGACUGCGGUUACGCUUCUUUCAGAAAGCUGUGAAUGCAAAACGCUCCGUCAGCAACGCGCAGACGACACGUUGUUUUUAACUCGGUGCAUUGUGACGUGUGUGUGUGUGUGUGUGUUCGUCUGUCUGUCUCGGGCGGGGGGUGGGUUAAACAAGCUGAAAUGGUUGGUGGGGGUUUGAACAUGUUCAGGGUUAUUUUCUUUUUAGGGUUUUCACUCCUUUGCUCCUCUUAAGCUCACUUUAGACCCCCCCCCCCCCCCCCCCCCUCCCUAUUUAAAAUAGCUUUUAAAGGACCGGUUCACCUCCCUGAAUCGAUCUUUUCACGAGUCUCAUUUGAAUCGGCGAGAAGACGGACGUCUCUGCGGCCGGGGGGGCUCACACCACACCGAUCCAGACAAACGGCACGGAGGGAAAACCUUUAGUGUCAUUUGAGAGGUGAAUCGUGCCUUCAGCGCCAGGCGAGGUGGACGUGAGGGCGCUUCUGGAGAGCUACGGUGCUGAGUGUCUUAAGGAGGGGGAAGGGGGGCACUUUUUUGCAUCCCUUUUGCCGAUGAAUCCUGCAGCUUUUGGAGUAGAAAGUCCUUGAUGUGGUAACUGCUUGCAGAGUAUUGUCAUUCUUUCUGUAGUUUGGGAUGGGGGAGGGGGGGUUGUAGUGGUGGUCUGUACAUGUUGGUUCUGUUUUUGUGUAUAGGAUGUGCUUAUACUCUGAAUGGCAAAUAUGUGGAGGGGAAGGUCUUCAUUUUUUUUCCUUUAAAAAAAAAUAAAAAUAUACCUCACCUGUGGGCUUGAAAAAUCAACAAAAAAAGCGAGGGUUUAACUUGUUUGUCUCACUGAUGAUGGCUAUGAUAGAUGCAAGUACACUUAACAAGGGAUAAUAGAAGCGUUUUUUUUUUUUUAGUCUGUCAUGUCUACUUCUCUGUUCUUUCUACUUCUCACUUCCUGUCCAAUAUUUGCUUUUUACUGUGCGAGGGGGAAGUGGAUGCGCAUGUCCAACAGUGCAUCGCUUACCGCGGACUCAUGGGAAAUCUUUUCUUUCCACUCGACAACUUAGACUUUCGCUCUUCAUUUGUAAUGCCACUGUAUUUGUGUAUUUUAAAAGUGUAAAUAAAUAAGUACUUGUA